CGGCCCCUAGUGCAGAUCUUGGUGGUAGUAGCAAAUAUUCAAGCGAGAACCUUGAAGACUGAAGUGGAGAAAGGUUCCAUGGUAACAGCAGUUGGACAUGGGUUACUGCAUUCCGGUACUGGGAUGUGGAUCUUUGGCGGUAACGCAAACGAACCAGGAGACGUCGGCGAGGGCCCUGGGAAGAGUUUUCUUCUCUUUCUAACAGCCUAUCGACCCUGA